UUCAGACUACAGCGUUUAUAUGUUCAACAAUAGGAAACGUAGUCUUAGCUGUUUUAAAAUUACACCAAGUUUAUUUAUACAUACCUGGGGAGGGAAACAUUCCACCGGGUGUUAAGCAAAUGAAUGUAGGUAUCAACCUGCCGGUUUUACUCCUGUUGUCUCGUCCUCGCUCAGCACUGCGUGGUGCACAGCCCGUCACACAGAGCUCCGAGCGGACGCAGCACGAGGCGAAGUUACGGCAGCAGACCGACAUGAACGGGCUGAUUGAACCACGACUACCGGCUCCACUACUCUUUUCCUCCAGAAUGUCCAAUUCACCCGAGCCCCUCGUCUCCAAAGGGACCCAGGACGCUCCUCAUUAUGUGUCCUCACCACCACCAGCACCACCAGCACCACCAGCUCCAUCACCGCCAGGAGAUACGGUGUUCUGCGUCCUGACCCUCCAGAUGUUGUUCUCCUUCGGGGUCUUGUGUGCGUCCUUCUCCGGAGGGAAGGAGGGACGGACCAACAAGUGGCUCUACGUCAGCUCCCUGCUCACCUUCAGCGGCUUCGCCGUCGCCCUCAGCAUCUGCAAGUCCUUCAGCCAACGUCACCCCUGGAACAUCGUGGGAUGGGUAGUGGUCACCGUGAGCUUGUCGCACAUGGUGGGAACCAUCGCCUCCUUCCUCGACUUGAACCACGUCUUCGUCACUGUCGGAGUACUGAUGGUCAUUGCUUUCGCCAUCGUUGCCUUCUCUGCAAAGACUCAUCAUCACGACGUUUGGGACGGUCUGCUGAUGACUCUGACCGUGGACGUGGUGGCGUUUGCGUUCCUACAUCUUUUACUCCCUCGUCACCUUUGACCCGGAGAUGCAACGGUUUUACCAGCGAUGAUGGUUAUAUUCUAUAAUAAGAAUAAUAUUACACACAAUCCUCAUCUUACAGCUGGGGAGGAAGUGAAACUAGAGUGCAUUCGCACACAAGGGAGGCCGACAUGUCACGUUUAAAAUGUCUUUAUUAUUUCUUUACACUGUAACUCCUCUAUUAACUAAAAUAUGAUUUCUGCUGUUCAUUUCUCUUUUUACAUAUAAAGUUCAUUAAAAAUGUUUGUACUGUAUGUGAUGUUGUCAGAGCAUGUUCACCACUACAGAGAAUUAAAACACAUGAAAACAUU